GCUACGCCUUCUUCGUGCUCCGGAGCCGGCGAGCUGUUCUUUCACCAUCCGAGAGGGAGAGGAGGAAGAGAGGGAGAAGGAGCAGGGACAACGGGGAAGAAGGAGGAGGCGGGAGGGGGAACAGAAAAAAAGAGGAACCGGACAGUCAAGAGGGGAAGAAUGCGUCUCAGGAGCGAAUCUUUGAACAGCAACGCCUGAAAAAAAAAAGGGGGAGCUGUCCAUUUCAGCACCAAGAAAAAAGCCGCUGUCCAACUAACGGACCACGAGCUGCGUGGCGAACAUCUUCAUUCAAGUCUAAACCUUUCUCUUUGAAAACACAUCUACCAGCAACAACCCCCUCCCCCCCUCCCAAAAAAAAAACCUUUACGACACCAAAACCGGGUGCUACUCUGAGACCAAGAAAACCGCACAAAUUCAUGGCGUUUGGAAUAGCUGUAAGGAAAAACCGAAAGACGGUGGCAUCGAUGCUGACUCCGUGAGGAAAGAAGGCUGCACGGAUAAUGCUUUUCAUCUCUACCUUUCUCCUGAAGAUCUCUCAAAAAUAGCCAUCACUUAUGGAAACUGGGGAUCAGAAUUUUAGAAAAAAGGAUUAACAUAUCUAUUUUUGGGGGAUUUGCUUUGGUUUUUUAAAAUUUAAAAUAGAUAUAUAUAUAUACACACUGAUAUAUAUAUAUAUAUAAAUAUAAAUAUAUAUAUUUAUAUAUAUAUAUAUAAAUCAUAUAUAUAUAUCUAUAGGACAUAGAUCUUGGAUUGGAAUUGGCAGUCUCCUCCUCUGCACACCUCUUGAUCUCUUUGCUCCCCUCAUUCAUUUUAGAAGGGGGAUUUUUUUUCUCAUCUUAUCCGAGGGAGAAAAGGGGAGCGAGGAGAGAGGAAAAAAAAAGUGUGUGUGUGUGUGUGCCCGAAUAUAAUGAAGAAUUAUGGGUCUGUUUGAUCGCGGUGUACAGAUGCUUCUCACAACUGUGGGCGCCUUUGCUGCCUUCAGUUUAAUGACCAUUGCUGUAGGAACGGACUACUGGCUAUACUCUAGAGGGGUCUGCAAAAGCAAGUCUGUCAGUGAAAAUGAGACCAGCAAAAAGAACGAGGAAGUGAUGACCCACUCUGGAUUAUGGAGAACCUGCUGUCUUGAAGGCAACUUCAAAGGUAUGUGUAAGCAGAUUGACCACUUCCCAGAAGAUGCCGAUUACGAGGCCGACGCAGCCGAAUACUUCUUACGUGCUGUGCGAGCAUCAAGCAUCUUCCCCAUCCUCAGCGUCAUCCUGCUCUUCAUGGGAGGACUCUGCAUCGCCGCCAGUGAGUUCUACAAAACCCGACACAACAUCAUUCUCAGCGCCGGCAUCUUCUUCGUCUCUGCAGGGUUGAGUAACAUCAUCGGAAUCAUCGUGUACAUAUCAGCCAACUCGGGAGAUCCGGCAAAGAGCGACUCCAAAAAGAACAGUUACUCGUACGGGUGGUCUUUUUACUUUGGAGCGCUCUCCUUCAUUAUCGCCGAGAUGGUGGGCGUGCUCGCCGUUCACAUGUUCAUUGACAGACACAAACAGAUCAGGGCAGGGACGAGAUCCACGGACUACCUGCAGUCCUCCGCCAUCACCCGGAUCCCCAGCUACCGGUACCGCUACAGACGGCGCAGUCGAUCGAGCUCCCGCUCCACGGAGCCAUCGCAUUCCAGAGACCCCUCGCCCGUCGGCCUCAAAGGCUUCAACACGCUGCCGUCGACCGAGAUAUCCAUGUACACCCUCACGAGAGACCCCCUGAAGACCACCACCUCCACUGCCACCUACAACUCUGAGCGGGACCACAAUUUCCUACAGGUCCACAACUGCAUCCAAAAAGACAUUAAGGACUCCUUGCACACCAACACGGUCAACCGAAGAACAACGCCUGUGUGAUGAGCUGAACGGCGAGGAAAGGGGAGAGGGAGAUGGAGAGAAAGUGAGAGAGAGAGAGAGAGAGAGAGAGAGAGGGCAAAGAGAAUUAAAAAAGAGUGGGGGGGGGGGGAAUUAAUAAUUUACAAAAACGGAUUAAUAAAAAUAUUAAAAGUUAUUGCAUGAAAACCCGAAUUCCAUUGCAAAAAACAAUGCAAAAAGUUUGUCAAAAAAAAAAAAGAUUUUAAAACCGAAAACGAGGAAAGAGAGAGAGAAACUAGAAACGAGUCGCGCGGAACAAAGAAUUUUGGGCCUGAACUCCAGAGAAUGGAUUGAAAAGAGCGAGAGAGAGGGAGAGAGAGAGCGAGGGGGAUGGAGGAGGAGGAUUUGUUUUCAUUUAUUAAAUGUUUUCAGUGCUCUUUUAUUGUCGAAAAUGCUUCCAUUCCACCCAACCCACCACCCCACCCCACCUGCCUUAUACCUCACCAGGAGUGCUGACUUUGAAACAGGGACAUUAUCUCCCUUGCUUAAAGGUGAAGAGCUUUAAAGAAGACAUUUUUACAAAAACACGGCAAUGGCAAUUCAUUCUUUGCUGUGACACUAGGCGGGGUGAAAGGGAAGACGUUGAAACACGACACCGACGAGGAAACAUCCGUUUUUAACUUGCUCAGCCGCUGACUGGAUCGAACGCCCAUCAAAACGGGAAAGUCAAAGGAAAAAAAAACCAAGAUAUAUAUUCUUUUAAAAGACAUUCUACAAGAGAGUGACGGAGAUGUGGAUUUGAGAAACUUG